AUAUAGCAUAAACAUAGAGGUUAGGAGUAGUUGGUUAAGGUUAGGGUUUACUAACCAUAUUAAAUGUAUACAUUAAAAUCCUAGUUCAUGAACACCAUUAACCAUUAACUCAACACCAUGAGUAAAUGGUAGACCAUUAGUUAACUGUUUAUUAAGUAUGUUAAUGCUGUGUUUAUUGGUAAUAAAUGGUUAAUUAAUGUACCCUUAUUGUAAAGAGAAACCAAAGAAAAUGGAGCUGAGAUUUCGGUAAAAUAUAUUUAAAUAUUUUGUUUCUCACAUAAAACGGCUGCAGAAUAACACGUAGGCUGUGUCUCAAUUCAGGGGACGCAUCCUUCACAGGACGCAGUCUAUGAAGGUGUGGCCUCUUCGUAGACCGCGAAGGCCGAACUGAAUGCCGAACAAGCGUUGUUAAAUGAGAGGUUCGGGCCUACGGAGCAUUUCCAGUUUGCGUAACAAGUCUUUAACGCCCUUUCACUUGCAUGAUGACGUACCUUUGAAAUGGGACAGAGUAGCCGCGCCGCUGUGACACAAUCGGUCUUCAAAUGCAGCCUUUGAAGGAUGCGGCCCCUGAAUUGAGACACAGCCCCAAUGACCUGACCUGCCGAGUGGCCUAUUAAGUGAAACCAAAUUUAUUUUAUUUUUUUACGUGGUAAUGUCAACAUGUCCUUUAGUCAAUUUUACUAAAAUAAGACUUUAAUCAAGAGAAAACAGGAAUAAAAUCCUAUGUUUUUGCCUGUCUCUGCCAAACAGUUUGUUCCAUUAUUUUCUCAACCCACUAGGAUAUAUUUUUAUGAUGACUUUUUUUAAGCUUCUUGGACACUUAUAGGAUAACACCAAGGUGUGUGUGUUUGUGUGUGUGUAUGGAUGUGUGAAGCUCCAUAUGAAUCCUUGCAAUAAAAUGCAUAUGGGUGUUUUUGGACUACCUUUUCAAACCUAUUCUGUCGUUUGGGUUGGCGGAUAGGCUGUGAAGUUUAUGUAAACAGAAUCUGAAGUAGUAAAAACGACAGUGAUACAAACAUUCUAAAAACGUAAGAUUUUGAGAGGACAACAUAGCCAAUGAGAGCUAAUUCACUCCUAGCUGAGGUGUUGAUGUGUCCCUGAGCAAGACACUUAACCCUAACUGCUCCUGACGAGCUGGCUGUCGCCUUGCAUGGUUGACUCUGCCGUCGGUGUGUCAAUGUGUGUAUUAACCGAUGUAAGGUGCUUUGGAUAAAAGCGUCUGCUAAAUGACCUAAUUGUAAUUGUAAUUCUGGGCCCCUGAGGCCCCUCUCCUGUGCACAUGUCGGCCCCUGAGGCUGUAUCUGAUGAUGAUGACAAUGUACCGUCAGAGUGAGCCAUAAAACUGCUUGCCCCACACAUUACCCUGGAGAGAAAGAGGCGUAGAGAUUGAAAAACAUAAAAAGAAAGGAGCUGGUCAAGCUCUCUAACAUCACUUGGACAUCAAACAAUGGAGUCUAACAUGACUAUUGUGACACCAGCAUACUUCAUUAUCAGUGGCUUUUCAGGCAUCCCUCAUAUUAACUACUACUAUUUAUUUUUACUGGUGCUGUACAUCAUGUCAGUGGUGGAAAACGGGGUAGUGAUGGCCUUGAUAUGCUUAGACCAGAGUCUCAAGACUCCAAAGUAUAUUGCUGUGUUCAACUUGGCGUUUGUAGAUGUGCUCGGCAACUCUGCCCUGGUGCCCAAGGUUAUCGACACGUUCUGGUUCGACCACAAGUAUAUCAUGUACAGCAACUGCUUAACCUAUUUGUUUUUUUAUUACGUGAACCUCCUCAUGCAGUCUCUUAAUCUGGCUUUACUCUCCUUUGACAGGCUAAUAGCGAUCACCUUUCCAUUACGUUAUCAGAUAAUUUUGAGCCUGAAGACCAUGUUCUCACUGGUGGCCGCUUGCUGGAUCGUCUGCAUCCUUGACAUCUUAAUAGUUGUAGGGUUUCUAACACGGCUGUCAUACUGCAGGUCUAUUGUUAUCAAUAGCUAUUUCUGUGACUAUGGGCUGCUCUUUCUACUUGCCUGCAAUGACAAUCUGCCUAGUAAUAUACUAUCCAAAGUGAUACCAUCUCUUUUUAUUUGGGCUCCAUUGUUCUUUAUCUUGAUAUCUUACAUGUGCAUUGGUGCAGCUUUGGCUAAAAUAGCUGGAGGACAGGAUAGGAUGAAGGCUUUUAAAACAUGCAGUGCUCAUAUAAUGUUGGUGGCUAUUUAUUACUUACCUAUUCUAGUCACUUUUAAUGUUGCUGCUAAAAUGCCUCGUAAUGCUAGGAUUAUUAGUCUUUCUCUUGCAGCUGUCCUACCUCCAGCGUUGAACCCACUGAUAUAUGUUCUACAGACUCAGGAAAUCAAACUGUCUCUUAAAAAGGUGUACGCAAGAAUAAAGCAAUCAAAAAUUGCCGUGAAAUAGAAUAUCAAUGUGAAGUGUCAUUUAAGAUAUUGUUUUGUAGCAUACAUUCUUUGAUCAAUUCAUUGUUAAAUGUUUGGAAUGUGUAAUUUUGUAAAUGUGAUCAAAUCAAUCCUUCAUAUAGGUAUUUUAAU